GAGGCGCUCUUUCUUUUCAUGGGUUUGUGUUGUCGUCCUCCCCAGGAGCAUCCUCGGCUCCGCAGCUCUGUGGUGACGAACACCGCCGGUGCUGGCCUCGCUCCGAGGCAGCAGAGUGGGUCAGCGCACCGCCGCAAACACCAGCCGGGCACCGGGUACCGGGGGCGGGGAUGGCGUCGCUGAGCCGCAAGCGCGGAGCGGGCAGGAGCGGCGUGGUGGAGAGGAGGAACCUGCUGACGGUCUGCAGGUUUUCAGUGAAGACUCUGCUGGAUCGCUCCUGCUUUGAAACCAUAGACGACUCUUGCCCAGAGUUUGUUAACUUUGUGUCCAUCCUGGAGCACAUCCUCAGUCAUCGGCUCAAAGGUCAGACAACGUGGUUUGGCUACGAGAGUCCUCGUAGUUUCUGGGAUUACAUAAAAGCGUCCUGCAGUAAAGUACCUCAUAACUGCAUCCGCAGCAUUGAGAGCAUGGAAAAUGUGCGAUCAUCAAGAGCCAAGGGCAGAGCCUGGAUCAGAGUUGUUCUGAUGGAGAAGCGGCUCUCAGAGUACAUCUCAUUCGCACUGAAGGACUUCAAAACCACCAGGAGGUUUUUUGAGGAGGGAGCGAUCAUGCUGGGAGAAGAGGCGGGGCUGUUGGCAGAUACGCUCAUUGGACUCAACACCAUUGAUUUCAGCUUCUGUCUGAAAGGGGAGGGUCUGGACGACAGCUGUCCUGCCGUCAUCGACUACACGCCGUACCUGAAGUUCACACAGAGCGCAGACAGCAUCAGCAGCGACGAGGAGGAGAUGAGGACUCUGGGAAGUAGCGGCAGCGAGAGCAGCACCCCCGAUAAAGCGGCGACCGCCGCGUCAAUCUUCACCGAGCAGAGCAACUUGGUCAGCAAGUGCAAACGCUUCGAGCAGAAGUACCGCAUGGCUCUGGAGCAGAAGGGUUACCUGGAAGAGCUGGUCCGCCUACGGGAAGCCCAGCUGUCGGAGGCCGUUUCUCACAGCAAAGCCCUUCAGCAGAGCCUAGCAGACGCACACCUCUCCCACACGCUGGAGAAACAACAGCUUGAGUAUAUCAUAGUGGAGCUGCAGAACCAACUGACUGUGCUGAAAAACAACGAUUUGCGUUCCAGACAGGAACUAACAGCCCAUCUGACCAAUCAGUGGCCGUCUCCAGAUACCCUGGAUGCCAACGCUGUUGCCUUGGACACGCUGCUGUACAGGAAGAGCACUGGGCAGUGGGAGGAGAAGAGUUUCCAGAGUCUGGAGCAGCUUUCUGCAGGCAUGAGCCUCACGUCGAACACGCAAGGUAAGGAGGAAACUCCGUCUCUUAGAGGUCUCUGUGGCUCCCUGACCUCAGUGGCCAGCUAUAAAUCUCUGGCCAGCUUGAAGUCCAGUGAAUGUCUGGCCAGUCCUGCGACAGAGAUCAGCAGUCCGGGUGUCACUCCGUCGUAGGGGGACGAAGCUCGUCGAUUCAAACGAUUCAGGAACUUUCCUCUUGCUGGUGAUUGAUGCUGAUUUUUAUGUGCCGUGUUUCUGAAUGUUGAGCCGGACUUGAAGCGAAGGGAACCGGGCGAAGCUCGACGACACGAAGACUGAAAUCAAGUCCCAGCUGAUGUAACCUCAUCAACACGUGUUCAGUUUAGUUUGCUUCUUAUCUGUGUAGCAUUACUUCUCUCCUACGUUGGAAAGGAAGUGAGUCGAUUUAAAGCUGCUGUAUGAAUUCUCGUCUCAUUUCAGUGUCGCAGAGGUGAUUUUCAAAGAUUAAGCUAUAAAUGCUGACUAGAUCAGAUCAGUCGCUGGUUUCCUGCUGACUGAACGAAGCGAUGCUCUGAUCUGUUCUGAUACAGCUGAUACCAGGGCGUUAAACCACUGGCGUAUUUAAUUUUAAGAUGUAAAUGUUUUGUUAUUCCACCAGUGUUCGUGUUGUACAUUUUGCAUUAUCACAUGAUUUUUGUUCUCAGGUAAUCUCCCUGCACUUCUGGGUUCUCUUCAGAUACUAAGAUGCAGUAUUUUACUUCAAUAAUUUACUCUUCUCUUUUCUUAAUAGUUAACUGUUGGUGAUUUAAAAUGAUCUGUUUUUAGAUGUUUGCAAUGAAUUACAUGCAAAAAGAAAAAAAUAUUACUCAAACGCCUUAGGACAUUGGUAGAAAGUCAUUUGGAUUAAUGGUCAUUUGCUGUUUACCUCAGCAUCUAAAUACAGUAUUUGCCUUCAGCUCGUUCUAGCAGGCAUUUGCACAGACAUUAACCAGAUGUUUUAUUUGCAUUUUUUUUUUUAAUAUUUUAUUUUAAAUAAACUCCACUUGCUUUCA